AUGGACAACGCGCCACCGGCGCCUUCGUCACCUCCUCUCACUCAUCCAGGAAUGGAAGAGGCUAUUGAAAAUGAAGAGAGCAAGUCAAUGAGAUCGUGUAGAAGCGCUCUGAAAACGCAGCGAGCAACGCGGACUCAUCCCGUCCUCAGUGUCGAGACUGUAGACGCCAUUACGACGGGCAAAAGCGCCCCGAGCUCUAACUUUUCAUCACCUCUUCCUCCAUGUCCUGAAGAUCCUCCAGCACCACCUCCACCUUCAUUUACACCGCCCAAAUACCGUCCGUUGGAUGAGGACAAUGAGGAUGAUAUGCGUAGUGUGGAAAGCGCAGAUGAGCCCGUGGGACCGCAGAGCUUUCCUACACCUCCUCCUCCACCUUCUCCUCCCAUAGCAUCUCCAAUGGGUACACCACCUCCUCCUCCACCUCCUCCAUUCUCUCCUCCUAGUACCAAGAUUACUAUGGACUUGUCAGGAGCUUUGGAAAGUGCAGUGGAGACUAUUGGAAGAACAAAGACGCCCCCUCCGCCACCUGAAGAAAAAGAAGGAAGUGAUGGAGAGGAUGGAGAUGAUGAACGAGAAGAUGCAUUACAAGGGACGGAAUUGGCGACGCCAGAUGAUGCUUCAUCGUCGUCAGUCAUUGCGUCCAUGAGAAGCGCAGUGGGGGAGAAGGAGAUUAUGGCUAUGGACUUUGUAAGAGACGUGCCUGUUAAGAGACCAAGGUUUUACAUCGGAGAUAUCGACAACUAUAGCAUUAUUGACAAGGUCGGAUCCGGAACUUAUGGUGAGGUGUUCAAGUGCCAGCACAAGCUGACCAAGGAUAUUGUGGCAUUAAAAAAGCUACGACCAGAUGUGGAGAAGAACGGGUUUCCGGUUACUUCUAUUCGUGAGAUGAAGAUUCUUAAGUACCUUAAGCACCCAAAUAUCGUCGAACUGAAAGAGAUUGUGUCGUCAAGUGCUCCACCUAAAGAAGGCAAAAGGCCGCCCCUGUACUUUGCGUUCGAGUACAUGGAGCAUGACCUCUCAGGGCUUCUUAACCACCCGCGUGUAAAGUUUACACGCACGCAGAUUCAAUGUUAUAUGCGUCAGCUGCUCACAGGCAUUGCAUUUAUGCACCGCAACAAGAUUAUUCAUAGAGACAUUAAAGCAUCGAAUUUGCUGCUAAAUAAUCAGGGAAUGCUCAAGGUGGGGGAUUUUGGCCUCUCUAGAUUCUGGAACGAAGUAAACGCCAAGGCUGGAAGAUACACGAACAAGGUCGUCACACUUUGGUAUCGACCACCGGAGUUGCUGAUGGGCUCAACGUCGUACGAUUUUUCAGUGGAUGUCUGGUCAAUUGGCUGCAUCUUUGGCGAGCUGUUACUAGGCAAACCUAUUUUACAGGGCAAGACCGAGAUUGAGCAGCUUCAAUUAACAUUUGGGUUUUGCGGGAUGCCGACGGAAGAAACGUGGCCUGGUUUCUUUAAGCUACCUGGAGCUGAGAACUUUCAGAUAGACGACAAAUACGUAUGUCCACUGCGUGACAGGUUUACAAAUUUUCCACCGCACGCAGUUGAUUUGUUGGAAAAGCUAUUACAGCUCGAUCCUACUAAGCGAAUCACAGCCGCAGACGCUAUGGAUCACGACUACUUUUGGCGUGUCCAAACAUGUAAGCCACGAGAUCUGCCGAAAUUCUGCGUAUCGUCUACACAUGAAUAUCAGUCUAAGAAGCGUCACCACGAAGAGAUGGCGGCAGCUGCCGCGGUGAACGGUGGUAACACGAAGAAUAGUGAUCAGCCUCGCAAUGUGCGGCAGCGUGGCGAGCGCAGCGGAUAUCGCGAACGCAACGACCACUACCGCAGCGAAGCUUAUCACCACGCCGUAGUCGGAGCCACGAGCGCCAACGGGACCGUGAGCAUGAGCGCUAAGUCGGACUACAAUAAAGGGCCCGUCGUUUCUAAAUCUUCAGACCCUCAACCAUUUGAUUUUGCUUAUAAUUUACGUACUAUUCAACAGCAAAGUCGGUACGAUGAGGCCAAAGCCUUAGUGGCCAAUACCGAGCUAUUUGAUGAUUCCGUCAUGGAACAUCUUUUUCGUAAUCAAGCAUUAAGCGCUGAGGACUUGGCUGUGAGUCAAGACAAUGUCGCAUACGUUGGAUUGUCUGAUGGUCGUCUUGCAUGCUUUCGAGUUGAGGCAGAUGAGCUCCGUAACUUUUCUCGAACUGGACGUGAUAUUUUAGAGUGUGGUGCACUUGACAUGGAACCGACGUGUGGACGGCCAUUGGGACUCGUAUUUACAGCUGCUGAACCUUUUGCAAAGUAUGUAAACAGAAUUCCAAAUGCUGAGCUGUUUCCAGGUGACCAAGUACUUCUCGUAGCAGAUGCUUACAAAGGUGUGCUACUAUUUGAUGCCAAUGGAAAACGUACAUUGCUCUUCAAUCGAGUUGGUGAUGAACAUGUUAAUUUCUUGAAUGGAAUUGCUGUUGUAAAGGAGACGGGAGAUAUUUAUGUGACCGAGUCUUCGCGUCGUUUUCAGCGCAAUCGAGUCGUGAUGGAGUUUUUGGAACGCCUGCCAACGGGUUAUUUGUUGCAUUUUGACCCUAGCAACGGGAGAGUAAAUAUAGAGGCUAGCGGCUUAGGGUUCCCGAAUGGUUUGACCCUAGAUAAAGAUGCGUCGGGUCUGUUGAUUGCACUCAUGUUCCAAAACAAGAUUGUGCGUUUUGACUUUGGGACGAAGAAGAUUGAGGAUUUUGCCUUCUUACCUGGUGAGCCAGACAAUAUAUCGAUUGAAAAGGUUGGUUCUGGAGCAAAUGAAACCAAGGUGUUGAUGGUUGGAAUGGUAUCCCGCAACGAUGGAGGUGUCUUCAGUUAUAUCAAGCAGGACGUUAAAAUGCGCAAACUUCUAUCGCUACAACCAACAUGGGUGACAGUGAUGUUCGUGCAACGUCUUGGAGUGUUUGCUUCAGUAGACUUGGACACGGGCAAUAUCCGUCAUGUCUACGAAGCCUCACAAGGACAGACACCAAUCAUAUCUGGUGCUGUGCGUUUUGGAGAUCACAUUUACCUAACAAGCUGGUCUCGUGCUUCGAUUACGCGAAUCCCAGCAGCACUCGUGCAGUAA